AUGUCUUCAAUCAGACUGGUGUCUUUUGCAAAAUAUGCUCUCGCAAUAGCAAAUAAAUUGAUUGAUGUAUAUGGAGCCAAUGGUUUAACCGGCUAUGACAUCAGAUGUUCUUUUUCUAAGACAAUCACUGUGAGUUCCAUCAAUGAUAAAGUCAAGCACACUAACCAUCAUUUCAUUGUCAAUGCCUUUCAUGGGCAUGCUCACAAUCGCUGUUGUCAACUUUCAAAAGGUCUUGGAAUUGAAGAUCUCGAGACUUGUGAGCAUGUCUUUGUGGGAUCAAACACUGUUGCACCACUUAUACGACAUGCAUCACAUUUUUACUGGCUGCAAUUCAUUGAUCUUCAAUUUGAUCAGUGGGAUCAAGAUUGCUAUGAAGAACUCAGUCAGUUUUUGUACAACAACUACCACCAAGUGCUUCAUGUUAUUAACAAACUCACACCCACCAUCAAGGAGUUGAAACAACAGCUUGAUCUUUCAGAUGCUAAUUUUGAGCAAUGGAAUAUCAAAGAACUGCAAUACCUUGAAGCUCUUGCUACAGAACCAGAGUAUGAUCCCAAGAGGCUCACAUACGUCAAAGUCCUGCAGUCAUUGGCCAAGGCCGAGUAG